GACGCGUGCAGGAAGUGACGACAUCGUCAAUAACAACAUCUGAUACAACCAGCGUAAUAGAGUCGCCACAUUCGAGCGUUUAAAUUCACAAUACACAAAAAUGUCUUCGGAUUUUGAAGCCUACGAACAGGAGUUUGGUACACUCACCGCAGAAAUCACCAACAAAAUUGGGAGAAUACCUAAACUUGGUGGAGAGGACAAGACGCAGCUGGUUCUAAAUGUCGACAAACAGCUUGAGGAAGUCAGAGAGUUGUUGGAGCAGAUGGACCUGGAGGUGCGCGAGAUCCCCAUCCAGAGCAGAGCCAUGUACAACAGCCGUCUAAAGAGCUACAAACAGGAGGUGGAGAAGCUUGAGAAGGACUUUAAAAGGUCACGUAUUGCCUACAGUGAUGAGGUGCGGAACGAGCUCCUGGGGGAUGAUGGGAGCUCCUCAGAGAGUCAGAGAGCACAUCUGUUGGACAACACAGAGAGGCUGGAAAGGUCAUCUCGGAGACUGGAGGCUGGCUACCAGAUAGCGGUGGAAACCGAACAAAUAGGCCAGGAGAUUCUGUCCAAUCUGCACACUGACCGUGAGAAGAUCCAGAGAUCCAGAGACCGGUUGAGAGAGACUGAUGCGAACUUGGGCAAGAGCUCCCGUAUCCUGUCCGGCAUGCUGAGAAGGUAAGACGAAAGGGUCAUUCAGAACCGCAUCCUGAUCUUCAUCCUGGGCGCCAUCAUCCUCCUCACCAUCGUCUUGGCUAUCUAUUUCAAUCUGCGAGGCCACUGAUCUCCACUGACGGGUCCUGAGUGUGUGUGUGCAUGUGUGUGUGAUUAAUAGCAACAAAAGCGUGCUAGAGUAAUUAGGACAAAUUGUUCACAUGAAUCAUUCCUGGUGGGCAGUGACAGGUGAUCUCAUCUCUCUCUCUCUUUCUCUCUCUCUCUCUCUCUCUCUCUCUCGUUUUCUUUCUUGUGGAGUACAGCCAUGCCCACUCUACCCUCUACCCCGUUACAGUCAUUCUGCUCGGACCUUCCUGAUCAAGGACUCCAUAUACAUCUUCCAAAUGGUAGAAUAAGGACAGAGGAAGAAAAGUGGCUUCAAUUUUAUGAUCUCUUUAUAUUUUAACAUAUGUAUUUUAAUAAUGUCAGAAUUUGCGUGUCUGCAAGCACAUGUAUGUACACUUCAAGUCCCAGCAUAGUCUCUGCUCACGUCUGAAAGUGUGACGUGCUUUUGCCAGGUCUUUAGUGCAGCACACGGAGCAGAAUCACACACUACACCCAGCCCAAAGGUCAGUGCCUUUAGCAGCAAACACACACACACGCCUCUCCCAGUCGCGCUUCAUCCAGGAUUAGUAGCUUCUCAUGCUGUUUCUCUAAGGUCAGUAAAGGCCUUGUGUGUGUUCAGGCAACCCAGCAGGACCACUUUUAAACCUAUCGCCCCCCAUAGCUUUAGUAAUAAUGUACGGCAUAAAUAUUUGUUAACACACUCGCAGAUUACUAAUAUCUAUGCUUUUAAUUUAAAUAGAUGACGAUUAUGCUAAUGUAUUUACUUUCUUUCAUUAAAUAUGAAACAAUUUCCUGAUCUUUGUAUAAUAUAUAUUUCUGUAUGUACUGUAUAUGGUUCAAAAAUGAGACAUCAAUUUUAAAUCUAAACCCUGUUUAAUUACCUUAUGGCUAAUGUUUAAUAUUUGAUGCAUGGAAUAAUGUUACAAAGCUUUUCUUUUUGAUCCAUAGUGAUUUUCCUUUUAUUUUAAGGACCAAGUGUUUGUUGUGUUAAUCAUGUAGUUCAGAUUUGAACGGUUGCACGUGUAUGAGUGUGUGUGGAUAUUAUAGACAUUGUAUAUACGGUCAGGACUUGGUGCAGAAUCAGAAAUCAGCAGUGCUGUGCAGCCCAAAUAUACUGUCUGUUCACAUGUGGACAUUUAAAGGACACACACACGCACAUAGCACACCUAUUGAUACUGUGUUUAUUAUUCCCACUGCAUGUGACACAUAUUCUUCUCUCUCUCUCUCUCUCUCUCUCUAUCAGAUACAUGCAUACAUACAUAGACGCAUGCGUACACACAGACUUUUUCUCCUCCUCUGGCUGAGGGCCUGAUGGACAGACAGACAGGCAGAGGGCAUUUGCUAUUCUGUUUCAGGCCGGGUAGAUUGUCUUAUUUUGGAAGCAGCGUGGUGGGGGGCUUUCUCUGCUUCUGCUUCACAGCUCGGGCUUCAAAGCACCAAAUUAAUGGCCAACAAAAUAGUGUGUCUCUGUCCGUCCCAUGUGGGGCCAACCCGUGGAGAGUUAUCAUUAAGUUCAGGAAUAAAUGAACAAAAAAGCAGAGAGGAGGAUGAGGAGGGGCAGAAUCCUGCCUGUUUGACAAAACUCAUAAGAUAAUGACCACAGUGAUUGAGUUUUUCAUCAACAUGCCUAGACAGGACUGGGUGUCUGAAUGUCUUCCGUGGGUGUUUGUCCUCUGUCCUCCUUUCGAAAUAUCUGUGAGUGUGAGCACUGGAUCUAAGCACCUGUGUGUGUUGUAUCCAGGCAUGCUGUGAGUAUAUUUUGCUUGUUAUGUGUGUGUGUGUGUGUGUGUGUGUGCAUGUUUCGCUGACUGAGUGUGUCUCUCUCUCUUUCUCUCUCUCCCUCUCUCUCGCAGCCUGUCAGAUCCUCUCAGUAGUGAGUGGCUGGUGGAAGGCAGCGUGGCUGCGGCUCUAUUUGAAGUUGUAAUGGUGUCAAAAAGUCAGGGCUGACUGACAGCCGUCAGUCCCACUGGGGCUCAUUAAAUCAUAACAACUUGACAAGGAAAUAAUUGAGCGUUGAUGACAAGUUGAGGCCCGUUUAGAUGUGUUUUUUUUUUUUUUCUUUCAUUAUGCCUUCUGACUAUUAUGUUCAUUAAGAAAUUGCAUUAAACAACUCUUAGGGGGCUAA